AUGGCGCCCUCUUCCACUCUCAAACCUCCCGCACCUAGCAGACCCGGUAUCCGCAGACUUUCAAGUAUGACUACCAACGAAACAGAGGUUAAAGCCGGUGGACCCGUCGUCGUCGUUCCAGAUAGAAUGAUGAGAGAACCUUUAUCUCGAGGAACUUCCUACCAAGGAGGAAACUUUGCGGCCUCAUUGGAAAACGCCAGAAAUGAACUCAACUCUAAAAACCUUGAGGAGGAGGAAGAAACGGCUUCAAGUUCCGCGGAUUCGCCAUCAACUCCACUCACCCCUGCCGAUAUUCCCACUGCCGAUUCUUUUGCCUUUGCUUUUGAUAUUGAUGGCGUUCUCAUUCCGGAACGUUGUAUUGAUCUUUCCAGACAACUUGACAUUGAAGUAUCGCCUUCACAAUUCAUUUGUGGUCAUACACCCAUGAGAGAAAUGGUAGAAAAGUACGAAACUGUUCUCGUCAUUGGAGGUGAAGGAGAAAAGUGUAGGCAAGUUGCUGAAGGUUAUGGUUUCCGUGAUGUCAUCACUCCAGGUGACAUCAUCAAACAUAACGAACAUACCACGCCUUUCCGCAAACUCACCUCGGAAGAAUUGAAAAACUCUCGUGGCGGCCGUGACUAUAGCAAGACUAAAAUUGAAGCUAUCUUCGUCUUCGCCGAUAGUCGUGAUUGGGCAUCCGACGUUCAAAUCAUGCUUGAUCUCGCCAUGUCCAAGGGUGGAUACAUUGGUACUCUCUCCGAAACUUUCGAUGAAGGGCCACCAAUCUACUUCUCUCACAGCGAUAUUGUCUGGUCCGCUGCUCACGAAAAUGUUCGUCUCGGUAUGGGUGCUUUGAGGAAGAUGACCGAAAUGCUCUUUAAAGAUCUCACCAAGGGCAAAGAACUCGAAACCAUUGCUUUUGGAAAGCCUCAAAUUGGAACCUUUGAAUUUGCAACCAGACUAUUGCAACAAUGGCGCAAAGAUGAACAUCGCUGUAAUCGUCCUCCCGAGACUGUUUACUUUGUCGGCGACACCCCAGAAUCUGAUAUCAAGGGUACUAAUCAAUUCAACGAAAAGGCUAAAAAUGAAUGGUAUUCCAUCCUCGUACGAACAGGGGUUUUCCAAGAAGGUACCGAGCCAGCAUAUAAACCUAGAGUGACCGUGGAUACCGUGCUGGACGCGGUCAAACAUGGAAUUGAGAGAGAAUUCAACAAGAAAAUGAAAGAGAAUAACCCAAGAGGAUUACCGCUUAAUACCUUAAGCGGUCUGAGUCUUGAUGGCAAACCAAUUAUUGCUAGACAACCAAAGAUUCUAGAGUUAUCCAGUCAAGUGGUCAGCGAAACUGGAACCCCAGAAGCUACUGAUUGA